UAACUUUCUCCAGCAACACUACCUAAUGGAACCUGCCCUCGGCAGUUCUGGAAGCAUCAUGAGGCUGAGUAUCCUGCUCUAGCAGCUCUUGCCCAGGAUAUUCUUUCAGUCCCAGCAAGUGGUGGUGACGUGCAGGUGUUGAACGGUUAUUCAAUUCUACUUGUGAUAUUUGCCACUAUAGGUGAGGGUCUUUAAAAGCAUCAACGAUUAAAGAUCUGAUACUAUUCAUGUGUGCUACAAAGUUCGAUAUUGAAGAGGAGGAGCUGGCAUUCAUACAAGAUUAUGCAAAAACAGAUGGGAUCACUGCACUACAGGAGGAAGCUAAAGUCCAACAGUCUAGUAUUGAUUCUGCUGAUCUUAUUAGUGAUGAUGAGGAAGAUGAGAUAGAUGAUGGGAGUCAGCCCACAUUGCUGAUUGGAGAGGAUAAUACUGCUUCAAAGAGGCAGAGUAGUGUUUUAUCUGAAGAUUCUGCAAGUGAAGAUGAAUCACUUCUCCCACAGGUGCCUGCACGGCCUUGUAGGUCUCAAAAGAGACCAAAGAGAUUUGAUGACCUUGAAUUAAUAUAGUACUGCUUUGUUUAUGGAAUUUAUAUGAACUUUCUUUCUGCAGAAAUCAGUUUAUCAAAGGAAAUAUUAUUAUGAACCUACAAAUACGAAUUCAUGUGAGC